AUGCUCGACGAGAACCUCCCCACUUUCUUUCUCAAGCCAGGUACACAGCAAAAACACCUGUGGACCGUCUUCCUCUGCCAGCACGGCAACGAACCCGAGCCCGUCUACACUCUUCGCUAUCCUGAUCCUGCCUCACCAACAUCACGGAAUCGCUACGGCGUCGCCCUCUGCGACCCCUUUGUCCCCGAUGUCGUCUACGGUGAGGUCCUGAUCAUACCCCAGUGGACGCAGCCCAGUCUCUCCGCCGAGACCAUCCGCCAGAAUGGCGGCGUCACACCCCCGCCGGAACCCAUCCUCCCCUCCGAAUUCACCAUCCAUCUCUACAACCCAGAUCAGCAGGUGACGGUCCGAUAUAAGCAUAAGACGUGGAAUACACCCGCUACGUGGGAGUUUGAGAUGCCGCAGCAUACCUUCCGCCAGCCGUCCAGCUCAACGUUGGACCACGCGCUCACCGACCCGGCGACGGCAGACACGACACCCAAGCUCCGAUUCAGCUGGCGCAAAGAUAGCAAGCUGUCUAAGGACCUGACGUGUUUGCUGUCGGGGAAGACGACAAACAUGCCCGAGGGAAAAGCGAAGAGUAAGGAGCCGGACAUCACGCUUUCGAUCUUCCAGUCCCUGCGCGAGUUGACGCUCUACGAGCCGAAUCUGUAUCGGGUCGAGAUGGAGGAUUUCAAGGGGUUGGAGGUCGUGUUGCUGCUGGGGGCGGUGACCAUCCGGGAUGUGUUUUUCUCCUCGAUGAAGGAUGCGUUUCGUCUUGCGCGCGAUGCGUCUGUGCAGAAGCCCGCGGCUUCGGGGUUGGGGAACAACACCAGCGCUGGGAAUGCUCCCGGCGCGACGCAGAGAACGGCUGCGCCAGUGGAAGCUGCAGUUCCAGCCUCGGAUACACUCGGCCGAAACAAAACACCGGCACCCGUGCGAUCUCCCACUGACACCCCAGCCACGCGUCCGACUCCCGCUCCAACCCCGCAGCAACGCAAGGAAGAGGAAAAGCGAACCAAGAAACUCCUCGAGGAAGAAGAAAAGGCCCGCCGCAGACGCCAGGCCGAAAUCGACAAGGAAACCCGCCGCCUGCAGAAAAUUUACGGCCGGGAGGAGCAGCAGGUGCGCGCCAGCACGACGAACCUGGCUCUUCCUGCGCCCGCGCAGCCUCCCCGACCCCAGGUGCAGCAGCAACCGUCGCAGCCGCAUCUACCUCCGCGCCCGAAUCCACGCUACUACUACCACCACCAGGCGGUGUCCAUAUCAGAUGUGGCACCUGUGCCGCGGCCGCAAGCGGGACCCGUUCCCAACCGCCGUCCACUGUCGACGGUGCAGUUCGCGCCCGCGCAGAUGGCAGCAGCGCGCCCCCAGGGCCCGGGGCCGGUGGCGGCGAAACCCCAGUUGCAGCCGAAGAAGAGCAGUUUCUUUGGGUUCCGGCGGACGUCCGAGGAUGCGAACUCGAAACUGAUGAAGAAGCGCAGCUCGAUGUUUUGA